AUGUUCUUUUCUAAGACGGGCACAGUACUUCUCAGUGGCUUCACUCUCGGGGCUGCCGCGAUAUUUCACGAACAAUGCGCAGAAGAAUACUUCAAUUCCCUCCUCCCCAGUGGAGCAUCCAUCAUUAAUCUUGGUCAAAUCUCUGCUGGUGGUAGUUUUGGACAAGGCGCUGCUGACACCGCAUACCCUUCCAAUGCUACAAACCUGCCAGCCUCCUGUGGCAUUAUUGUCAAUGUGACUUCCUCGGCAACAUCUGCCUAUACAUUUGGUCUUAUCUUGCCCGAUGAGUGGAACAAGCGAUUCAUGGCUGUUGGCAACGGUGGUUUCUCGGGGGGAAUCAAUUGGGCCUCCAUGAACAGUCUUGUUCCAUAUGGCUUUGCCACCAUGUCUACCAAUACUGGUCACAACUCAACGGAUCAGGAUAUGGACUGGGCUUUGAAUAAUGAAGAAUCCAAGAAGGACUGGGGAUACCGUGCAUUGCACGGCUCUACCGUGAUUGCCAAGCAGAUCACGGCUGAUUACUACGAAGGAAAGGUCGCGUACUCCUACUAUGCCGGUUGCUCAACCGGGGGCAAGCAGGGAAUGAAAGAAGUACAGCGAUUCCCAGAGGAAUUUGACGGAGUUGUUGUUGGUCCUCCUGCCUGGUGGUCUACCCGCCAGCAGGGCUGGCAGAUGCGAGUCAGCAUGAUCAACCUCCCUGAGAACGGCACAAAUUAUAUCCACCCGGACCUGUUCCCAAUCAUUGGACAAGAGGUGAUGCGGCAAUGUGACAAGUCUGACGGUGUUGAAGACGGAAUCAUUAUGGACCCCAAGAGCUGCAAUUUUUAUGCCGAUUCUCUUCUCUGUACAGCCGGCAGUAACCAGUCUGCUUGUCUUACUGCUCCCCAAAUCCGCACUCUGGAGGCUCUAUACAGACCUCUGGUUGAUGUCAACAAUACAUGGAUCUAUCCCAACUUUGGACUCGGAUCCGAAGACCAAAUGACUAGCUCCUUUGGGAAUGUUGGAACCAAUGCCCCCAGCCUAUACGGCUCGGAAUACUUUGCCAAGUACGUCCUCAAUGACGCGAACUGGGACUGGCAUAACUUCGACUACAGUAUCAUUCAGCUUGCCGAUGCUCUGAACCCGGGGGACACCAAUGCAGAUGACUUUGAUUUAUCCGAGUUUCGUGCUCGCGGGGGGAAAUUGCUUCACUAUCAUGGUCUGGCCGAUGGUCUCAUCCCCACUGGAGCAAGUGAAUAUCUUUACCAACAAUACUUGUCUACGAUGAACGAGAAGAAUCUUCCUCUAGACGACUUUUACCGGUUUUUCUUGAUACCCGGUAUGCAGCAUUGCUCGGGAUCUAUCAACGAUGCACCGUGGUAUAUUGGCGGUUUCCAGAGUCUCACUGGUACUGUGGGCGUUUCUGGCUACCAGGACCGCGAACAUGAUGUCGUUCGUGCACUCAUGGACUGGGUUGAAAAUGGCGUUGCCGUCGAUAAGAUCGUUGCAACUAAGUUUAAGAACGACGAUCCAUCACAGGGCGUGGUGCGGCAGCGACCGCUUUGUCCUUACCCGAAGAAGACAGUGUAUAACGGGAAUGGCGAUAUUAAUGAUUCGGAAAGCUGGCACUGCGAGGCGUAA